AUGGCCGUAUCGUUUAUGUUAAGUAUGUUCAGUUUAGCCAUGUUUUUUGGCUCAUAUCUGUCAGGCCUAAUUCCACUGGCAUUCAAUCUCUCCGAAACCAAAAUGCGUUACGUCACCGUACUUGGCGCGGGUCUUUUAGUUGGCACAGCACUUGCUGUGAUAAUUCCAGAAGGUGUUCAUGCUUUAUAUAUAAAUGAAUUAGAAAGUGCGCAUGGUAAGAUAGAAUCUGAUCAUAAAAUAAUUCGUCGAGAUCUGAGUCAAGUGAAUAUUGGCGAUAAAUCAGAUAAAACUAAGAAUUUAAAUGUUGCUGUUGAACAUAAAGAAGAUUUAUCAAAAUCAUCAAGUACACAUGAACAUUCAAAUAGUACACAUUCAGCAAUUGGCAUAACUUUAGUCCUUGGCUUUGUAUUUAUGCUAAUGGUUGAUAAUUUUAGUGCGAGGCUUUUUCAUCAACAUUCAAGUCAAGUUAUUGAUUCAUCUGGCUCAGUAAUUAUAACAAAACCAAAAACAACAUGGACAGCUACAUUAGGUCUUGUUGUACAUGCUGCAGCUGAUGGCAUAGCUUUAGGCGCAGCAUCAGCAACAAGUCGAUUUGAUGUCGAAUUAAUUGUAUUUUUGGCUAUAAUCCUUCACAAAGCUCCAGCUGCUUUUGGUCUUGUUUCAUUUUUAAUAUCUGAUGGUGUCGAUCGUAAACGUAUACGACGUCAUUUAUUAAUCUUUUCAUUAGCUGCUCCUCUAAUGGCAAUAUUUACAUUUGUUUUAUUAAAAAGUGGAAUUCGUGAUGCAUAUUCUGUUGAUUCAACAGGUAUAGCAAUGUUGUUUAGUGCAGGUACAUUUCUUUUCGUUGCUACUGUGCAUGUUUUGCCUGAAGUUCAAUCUCAUUAUGAUGAUAAACAAUUCAGUCCUAUGGAACUUCUUAUUCUUAUAAUUGGCUGUUGCUUUCCUAUCGUUCUUUCAAUGGGACAUAAACAUUGA